UAGUGAUUUUUCUCAUUAACACAGAGCCUUUAGUAACUUCCCAGAGCAAUAAUUAUGGAGUUGCAUCACCUUCCUGUAUCAGAAACACAGCACUAAUUAAUGUGAUAUGAAUUGCUUAAAUUAAUCUCAUUCUUUUUUAAGCACUUUGUGAAAGAGGAGCUGAAUAAAUUUGUUUCACCUUUGAGGCUGGAUCUUGCAGACACUGAAUUUUCUGUGAGCAGUCACUUGUCUGAAAUGAUUCACAGGGGGUUGCAGCAGUGCUGGAGUAGUUAAGAGCCAACUGACAUAUUUAAUUCUAAAACUUCCCGCUGAGCCUGUGCCCAAAUCAUGGGCAGACAGUGCAUUUUUUUUUAAUGUUUCUGUUGUCCUGAGCUGCAUUUCAGUGGAAUGUAGGAAUAUGCAAAAUCCUGUUAUAUUGGGUCAGAGCAGUGAAACACUCCUGAUGCCAGUCUUGGCACUCCUUGAAAUCACUGGUAUUUUGGAGUCUAGGACAUGGGAAGUAUUUUACUUUCUAGUAAAGUGGUGUGGAAUCACACUGAGGAAAACAUGAAUGGGAGCUUUGAGUCCUGUCCAGUGACAUUCCUGGAUGUACAGAGGUGCUGCAGGCAGGGAACUCUUUGAAACCAAAUGCUCCUCUUUGGUCACAUUUCUGAAUAGUUUGGAUUUUAUGAUAAAUCCUCUGUACAGAAGAAUGAGCAAAGAUGCUAUAGUGAUUUUUUUUUUUUUUAACUUAAGAAGAUUGGAAAACUGUUACCCAACAGUGUGUCCUUGAUCUCUGCAGGGUGAGAAUUAGAUGGAAAGUGAUCCUUCAAAUUUAUUGUGCUGUACUUUGCAAGUAAAGAGGCUUGAAAAUGGUAUAGUGCAUAGAUACAAGUUAUGCUUUCAUAAAUUUACACGAAUAAAACUUGGUUUGCAUAGUUUGUUCAGAGUUUUCAUUUUGCACACAGCGAAACAGCUCUGUGCCAGGGUUAGGAGGAACACGAUGGACCCACCCUGAGCCCUGGAUUCCUGCAUGGGGAGCUGUGCACACACACGGGAUUCCUUUGGGAUGUAGCAUGGAUACAGAUGUUAAACUGUUUAUGUUUGCUGUGGUACAGCCCUUCAGAAGGGGUGCAUGAAACACAUGUCAGAACUGCAGCCAGUGAUGUGCAUUACCUGUCUAACAAGCAGCUUUUCUUCUGUUUAUAUUAUAUUUUAUGCAGUCCUUCAGGUGAUGGUCUGUGCUCUGUUAAUGCAAGUCAUAAAGCAGCCAAAUAACCUUGCUUGUUCUUCCACAGCCAGUUCCAGGUGCUACAGUGAACAAAGUCCCAGUACUGUAGCUGAAAUAAAAAGUCUCCAUGUGUUGCAAGGUAGUUCCCUGGUAACAUUUAAAUCCUGUCUUGCAGAAAUAAAGAAUUAAGCAGACGGAGAUUACAAUUGUCACCUGGUUUUAUUGAAGAGGUGUAGUUCAACAUAUUCAAAACCUGUUAUGCAAAUGCCCAGCACCCCAGGGUUUGUGGGAUACAAUCCAUACAGCCAUCUGGCCUACAACAACUACAGGCUGGGAGGGAACCCGGGCACCAACAGCCGGGUCACGGCUUCCUCUGGUAUUACCAUUCCCAAGCCCCCCAAACCCCCAGACAAGCCCCUGAUGCCCUACAUGCGGUACAGCCGGAAGGUCUGGGACCAAGUGAAGGCGUCCAAUCCUGAUUUGAAGUUAUGGGAAAUUGGCAAGAUUAUUGGAGGAAUGUGGCGAGAUCUCACUGAUGAAGAGAAGCAAGAGUAUUUGAAUGAAUAUGAAGCUGAAAAGAUCGAGUACAACGAGUCCAUGAAGGCCUACCACAACUCCCCUGCCUACCUGGCCUACAUCAACGCCAAGAGCCGCGCCGAGGCCGCGCUGGAGGAGGAGAGCCGGCAGAGGCAGUCGCGCAUGGAGAAGGGGGAGCCCUACAUGAGCAUCCAGCCCGCCGAGGACCCCGACGACUACGACGAUGGGUUCUCCAUGAAGCACACGGCCACGGCGCGGUUCCAGCGCAACCACCGGCUCAUCAGCGAGAUCCUCAGCGAGAGCGUGGUGCCCGACGUCCGCUCCGUGGUCACCACGGCCAGGAUGCAAGUCCUGAAACGCCAGGUUCAGUCCUUAAUGGUUCAUCAGCGUAAACUCGAAGCUGAGCUGCUGCAGAUUGAGGAGCGUCACCAGGAAAAGAAGAGGAAGUUUUUGGAAAGCACAGAGUCCUUCAACAACGAGCUUAAAAGGUUAUGCAGCCUGAAGGUGGAAGUGGAUAUGGAAAAAAUUGCAGCUGAGAUUGCCCAGGCUGAGGAACAGGCUCGCAAGAGGCAGGAGGAAAGGGAAAAGGAAGCAGCUGAGCAAGCCGAGCGCAGUCAGAACAACCUGGCAGCUGAGGAGGAGCAGGCAGCCAGCAAGGGGGAGGAGAAGAAGGAAGAGGAGAGCACUCCGAUGGAGACAGAGGAGCCUCACGCGGAGGAGAGCGCGGAGAACCAGCAGAACGGUGAGGAGGGGACCUCCACCCCCGAGGACAAGGAGAGCGGGCAGGAGGGCGUGGACAGCACGGCCGAGGAGGGGACCAGCGACAGCAACACGGGCUCGGAGAGCAACAGCGCGACCGUGGAGGAGCCGCCCGCAGACCCCACGGCCGAGGAGGGCGACAAGAAGGAAUAA